GUGAACAGAAUGGAGAGAAAAAUAAGCAGAAUCUGUCUUGCUUCUGAACCUGGUAUAAUUCAUUUCCUACAAAUUGCUUGGGAGAAAACACUAGGAUCUGGUUUUGUAAUUACACUUACUGAUGGCCAGUCAGCAUGGACAGGGACAGUUGGUGAAUCAGAGAUUUCCAGAGAAGCCAGUGACAUGACGAUGGAAAAAGAACAAUAUGUUGAUGAACUAAGAAAAGGAUUGGUGUCAGGAGUAGGACCAGCUGGUGCAUACAAGUUUAAUUUUUCUAAAGAGUCUUGUAAUUUCUUCUUUGAGAAAAACCUGAAAGAUAUUUCAUUCAGACUUGGUUCCUUCAAUCUAGAGGAAGUUGCAAACCCAGCUGAGGUCAUUAGAGAACUUAUUUGUGACUGCCUGGACAUCAUUGCAAUAAACCAAGCCAAAAAUGAGAACCUGCAGAAAGAAAAUGAAAGGCUUCUGAGAGAAUGGAAUGAUGUCCAAGGACGGUUUGAAAAAUGUGUGAGUGCUAAGGAAGCUGUGGAAAGUGAUCUUUAUAAUCGGUUUAUUCUGGUGCUGAAUGAGAAGAAAGCAAAGAUCAGAAGCUUAAAUAAAUUGUUAAAUGAAGUUCAAGAACGAGAAAAAAACAUUGAGCAAGAAAGGGAAAAAACAUGUUCUGAAAUGUCUGCUGAUAGAGAUGCAAUCUACAAUGAAAGUACAGAUGAGGAAAGUGGAAACCUGCCUGCUCCCUCUGUGUUAGCUCCAGCUUCUUUGAGGAGAGAUGAGUCCAUUAUUUCAAGUCCUGAUAUCACUGAUAUUGCACCAAGUAGGGAGAGGAGACAGCAGAUGCGAAAAUAUCCUGGGACAGAACCUAAAAUGGCUUCUCAGGAACAUGAGCUUCUAGAAAUGAAAAAUUUUAAUUUCACAUAUAACAAAUACAGUCCACACAAACAGAAGUUCGUGAGGUCCUCAAGAACUUGAAAACAAUAAGGGGGUCCUGAGAGCCUGAGUUUUAGAGUUCUGUUAUAAACAAUGAAGAUGCGAAGACAGGCACAAUCCAUAUCUUAAGGAAACAGCCUGACGAGAGGGAGUUUUUGAGUUUCUUACAUAAAAGUAAGCAUUGUACAUUAAUGUAAUUAAUAAUGAACUUGUUUGGUUUAUGUUUAUCUUUGCAUUUUUAUUCUCUCUGCAAUUGUCCUGAUCUACGGUUCUUGAAAGUGCCAUCUGUAUACUAUAUCUUAUGUCUUCAGGCAAUAUAUGUGAAAAAUGGAUGUGUGCUAAACUUUCACUGGUUUGUGUUUAUCGUCUGAAUUUAUUCAUUUGCUCAAUACCUGUGAAACUGGCUUCAUAGAGUUCAAGGUAUUGUACGAUCUUUUUAAAAUAAUGACCCAAAAUAUUUCCAAUUUGCCAACAUUAGAGUAGCAAACUACUUCUAUAAUAUGAGAAAACAUACAUUCACAAGCAGUUUGAAAUAUUUAGAAAACUGUAUUUCAUUCAGUCAAUCUGUAAGCAAAUGAAUAAUGAGUAUCAGUUAUAUGCCACGCAUAAUAUUGGGUGUUGAGAGUUCAGGAGAGUAGAAAAUGGCACAGUACUUUUCCUCAUGGAGCUUCUGGUCUAAUUGUUCUGAUUUCAGGGUCUGGGGAAAAAUGGACUCUAUUAUUUAUGUUAAAGAGUUGCGUCUUAGUCUUUUCACUGUGUGAACUGAAUAUAAAUAAGGUUUUGAGUUUACUAACACUUCCUGAUUACACUGUAUCUUAAGCAGGUUUCUGAUAUGCAUGGUUCAAAGAUGAAAGAAGUUUCUAUCUGAAUCAAGACCAAA